UGUCACAUGUCAUGUGAGUUAUUGUUUAUUUAUAUGAGAAUUUGUUAUAAUGGAAUAAAUAAGUAGGAAUCUUCGAAGUUUCAAAAUGACUUGACGUCAAUUUUCUAUAAAGACCAGAGUAAAAAUAACUAGUGACAUUUCCAAAAUGUUUCACAAAACUGAAAACUCCAAAGGGAACUUUUUGGAGCAAACCAAAGCAGCCAGGGAAGAGAGGGCCCUUGAAAAACGAAAAGAAUCAGCUGCUACACUUAUCCAAGCUAAUGUCAGAGGAUGGUUGUGUCGUCUGAAAUUUGCACAAAAUAUUCUAAUCCAAUUUGAUAGAAUUAUUCCCGAUGUUCCUGAAGACUCCUCCAAAGGAAAGUUUAAACCAGCUAUAGAAAUCUACCACCAGUCACGAAAAUUGCUUCUGGUUUGGAGAAAAGAAAGAGACAAAGAAAGAUUCGCCAGACUUUGUCGAUAUCUAGUAGCCACUCUUGACAGUGACUCUCCCAAAUUCAGCUUCGUAGGUGUGGCUCUAAACAAAGACCACGUCAUACGUUGGAUCUCACAUAUGAACGAUUUAUUGUGGAACUGCUGUGAAUAUUUAAAUGAUCUCAAGCCUGAGUUUGCAAGCGACAUGAAAAGUAUCGUAUUGUAUUUGCACGUGCUGGUCGCGUUUACAAGUACAAGUACUUGGACAGUGUUGAAGAACAAGAAUAUGGAGGUACUGAGGUCCGGUAUGAACCAACUGUGCUCCAAUCUGAUGGGGCAACUGUUUCACAAGGGAUUUUAUUUAGUAUUGAAGAAUUUGCUCUUGAAAGGGCUGGGACGGACAAAAAUCGCAUUCAAAAAUGUGUCUCUUUCAGCUAUUUUAACUCUCUCACUCAGGCCUUUGGUUGCAGCAAACUACUCGGAUAAACUUAUGACAAUAUUUUUAAUCAAUAUUUUGUCAGUUCCAGGGCUUGUCCAACACUUGCAGACUAUUUCAGCAGAGUCCAUUGUUACAAUCAACAACCACAAGUUAUUUUCCAGAAGUUUGGAAUUACUUUCUAGUCAACAGUCAAUGAGAAUCGUCUUCAAUACCUUAGAAGGAAGUUAUGCAUUGUGCCUGCUUGCAAAUUUGAUACAAUUGGCAUAUAUCGAGAGACACACCACCCUUAGGGAAAUAUGUUUUCCUACAUUCACGGUCGUAGUUACUGGUUUAUUGGAAAGCUGCCAGAACUAUGUAGUUAGUAAACAGUCGACUCUCACCCACUGGCACCCGGUUCUUGGUUGGUUUGCUCAACCCAUGGAUCCUUCCCUUCAUGCUGCAAUGGAUCACAUCAAGGUUCAGCUCCAUCUCUUGUGGAAUGUUGAAAUCGUACAGAUUCUUCUAGGCAAUUCAUUAGCAGAGUUAGUUUCUGGCUCAGAACCUCCUGGACAGAGCCUAAGCCCAACCUUAACCACUUUCAGCGGAUCUAAUUUUUUCAAAAAAGUCUUGGAAAGCAGAGGAAAUCGAAUGACUACUCAGAAAUCCUACAGGGCUCUUGGCAGUCCCGAAGUUCAUCGGAUAGUCCUGAUCUGUUCCUUGUAUCAUACGGCUUUGAACACUUUGACACAGUUGCAACUGGAUAUAUUAACAGGUCUGUGUUAUCAGAACUCUAUACUGUAUGAUUUGUGGUUAUUUCUGUGUUCGUUGGGCCCCAAUUGUGGCAUAAAACCCUUUCUCGAUCACCUAGCAUUCAAUACCAAGUGCUCAGCUCCGGAGUUUCAGAUGCUGCAGUUGUUUGCGGACUGCAUGUCACAUUAUGUUACGAUAUUGGAUGAUAUGGAAAUGUACGAGCAACAGAAUCCAUUCAAACUGACUGACUUUGUCGCUAUGUCAAACUUUUUCAACAUUUUUCUGUACAAGGCUGUGCUGGGCAAUCUUUUUGAUUUCAAAACAAUCCAAACCAAUUCUCUCUUCAACUCUCUCCACACGAUCCUCAUGCUGUUGUAUCGAAGAGAUUGCAGACGCAACUACACUCCUGAAGGUCACUGGCUGAUAAAGGAUAUUAAAGUUUCUGGUUUCAUAGCAGAUUUGGAAAAGGGACGUCGGGGACCGCAACUACUUCUGCAGACCAUGCCGCAUGUCUUACCUCACGAGGAUAGAGUCAGACUCUUCAGGAAACACAUCAACAAUGAGAAGACUGUGCUGGGGCUAACGGAGUCUGCCUGUGCUUCUCCGCAGUCUACUUUGAUCACGGUGCAUAGGAACAGAAUUGUCGAAGAUGGCUAUCGACAAUUAGCUCUCUUGCCCUCUCAAUCCCUAAAGGGAGUGAUCAGGGUGAGGUUUAUCAAUGAGCAAGGUCUCGAUGAGGCUGGCAUAGAUCAGGACGGAGUUUUCAAAGAAUUCCUCGAAGAGAGCAUCAAAAGAGUGUUCGACCCUUCUUUGAAUCUCUUCAAAGCUACCAGUGAGGAACGGCUGUAUCCUUCGCCUACAUCUUCUGUCCAGGACAACCACCUGCAGCUAUUCGAAUUCGUAGGAAGGAUGCUGGGUAAAGCUGUGUAUGAGGGCAUCGUGGUAGAUGUGCCUUUCGCGUCAUUUUUUCUCAGCCAGGUCUCAGGUCAGACGACUCAAGUUCUGUACAGUUGCGUGGACGAGUUGCCGUCUCUGGAUCCCGCACUGUAUCGAAGUCUGAGCUACGUUAAACACUACGAAGGAGAUGUAUCGGAUCUAGAUUUAACUUUCAGCGUGGAUGAUGACACUAUGGGGAAAAUAGUGACCCACGAGCUGGUUCCUGGUGGUAGAGCUGUGCAAGUUACGAAUGAAAAUAAGAUAAACUAUAUCCAUUUGAUGGCUCAUUUCCGGAUGCACGUCCAAAUCAAAGAGCAAACGGCCGCUUUUAUACGCGGGUUCAGAUCUAUAAUCAAUCCAGAAUGGUUGACACUUUUUUCAACGCCAGAGUUGCAACGCUUGAUAUCUGGAGAUAACGUGCCGUUGGACUUGAAAGAUUUGCGAAAAAAUUGCCAGUACUAUGGUGGAUUUCAUGAUUCGCAUAAAGUUAUAGGGUGGUUGUGGGAUAUUUUGGAAAGGGAUUUCAACAAGGAGGAAAAAGCAAUGUUCUUGAAGUUUGUCACUAGUUGUUCCAAACCUCCUCUACUGGGCUUCGCACACCUGGAGCCCCCCUUUUCUAUCAGAUGUGUUGAAGUUGCAGAUGAUGAGGAUACUGGAGACACAAUCGGUAGUGUAUUCAGAGGAUUCUUCACCAUACGAAAAAAAGAUCCCCAAAACCGCCUGCCGACCUCAUCGACCUGUUUUAACCUGCUGAAGUUACCAAACUACCAAAAGAAAAGCACGCUUCGCGAGAAAUUGAGAUACGCCGUGACUUGCAAUACUGGUUUCGAACUAUCCUGAGCCAAAAGUCCCGUAAAAAUCCGCGAUGGCUGAAUUUCGGAAUUGACUUUGAUGUCAUAUCAGUUUUAUACACCUCUUGGGCUUAGUUUUUAUAAAAAUUUUCGUAGCGUGUGA